GGUGGUGAUCUUAACCGCUUUCAACUCUCUCUCUCUCUUUUUUGCCAUUGCCUUUCUGGUCCAUGAUUUCACUGCGGACAUUCCUUGAUGAUCUGCCCCCGUUCCGUGGGAGAAAUUGAGCCUCAAUCCUGAACGCCUUGUCAUGGGCACGCGCAAUGACGGGCAAGAGUGACGAUGAGAUCUCCCUCACUUCUACCACCCCCAGUGAACAACUCUCAGAAUAUGAAGUGGAGUCCGUCUUGGGUGAGUUGGAGGCUCCGGAUGGUCAACCCCAAUACCUUGUAAAAUGGAGAGGCUAUCCCAUAGAACGCUGUUCCUGGGAACCGGCCGACUCGUUCAACACGCCCGAGACCCUGGCGGAUUGGGCGAGGACGAAGCGUGCCAUCGAGGAAGGAAGGCGUCAACCCUUUGAUAUCAUCAAAUGGGAAAACCAUGUAUUCGCUCUCGAGGAAGCCAGCCAGGAGAGAAAACGAAAGAGGGCAGCCAAGAGACAAAGCCUGGGCCUUCCUCGUCGCCUCACUGGAAUCGCCAGCAACGAGCGUAGAACGUCCGAUGUCCCGUUGACGGGGUCUCGCUCCGAUGCUGUCGGUCAGCCUGUCACCAAAGCGACAGCAUCACAUAAUGCUCAGCCGGCUCUCUCCUCGCAGCCAAAGCCGCCAAAGCCAGCCCCGCCACCAAUUCUCUUUGGGAGUGGCAGUGAGAAACGCCCCCAAACGGCCAGGAAGGCGUCAAACACCGACCCAAACAAUCGGUUCAGUCUGUCGACCAGGUGGAGGUAUGAAAAGGCGAAGAGAGACGAGCCUCCUCCGAAUAUCGAUCAACUGGACCUCGUACCGCCGUCGAAGUGGACUCCCAUGUCGAACCCCAAUGCAGCAAAACUUGGCCCUUACAUGGUCCAGACAACUGUUGAAAGCGAGUCUCUAACGGAUACCCGUCGUCAUCCGGAAAACGACAAGACUGAACCCCCUGCAGGGCCGUCGCCGUCCGAUUCUCCGCGUAACACUCGAAGGGCCGACGAGGUAUCCGGUCGGAUUCCCAUGGACGCUGAUCGCUCAAGCCGCUUUCGUGAUUCGAGGUUUGAUACUAGAAGAGGCGACGAGGUGUCUGAUCAGAUUCCGGUGGACGCUGACCGUCCAAGACGCUUUCGUGAUUCGAGGUUUGAUACUCGAAGAGGCGACGAGGUGUCUGAUCAGAUUCCGGUGGACGCUGACCGUCCAAACCGCCUUCGUGAUUGGAGGUUCGAUACUCGAAGAGGCGACGAGAUAUCUAAUUGGCCUCCGAUGGACGCUAAUCGCCUAGACCGCUUUCGUGAUUCAAGGUUUGACGCCCAAAAAGGCGACGAGGUAUCCAGUCGGGCCCCCGUGGACGCUGAUCGCCCAGACCGCUUUCGUGAUUCGAGGUCUGACAGACCGUGGGAACCAUCGCGGGAACCCCGUGGCAAAUACAUUAUUGCGAAAAACGGAGUGAAGCGAUUUUUGGACCCAGGCGACCUUCUCAUCACUAUGCAUUAUGGCCCACUAAACACCCCGGUUGGCAAUGUCAGAUUGGCUGGCCUCAGUUCUUACAGUCGAAAGAAUCUUCUAAAUUGUAAGAGAGAUGGCGAAGUGGACUUGUGGUUUCAGUACCUCUGCUCGCUUGAUGAGUAUGACAGGUUAUGCCAAAAUUCUGCCAACCAAAAAUAUUGCACAGGGUCAGUCCAUGCAUAUGAAGAUACAGAACCGGAUCUCGUGAAAUUUGCAGAAUUACUACAACGUAGGAACAUGGUGGGAAUAUUUGGUUCUGACAAGUAUCCGUUCAACGUGGUUCUUGUCUAUCCACCUGGCUCAACAGGCUUUGGAUUCCUCAGUGAUGGCAUGCAAAAUGAUCCACGGUCCCCUCUUCACUUCGUCGUACGGAGCACAUUGGGUCGUAUUCAUAAAAUAAUCCCCUCAUUGCGCGAGCGUCAGCAAUCCUUGCAAAGUCCGGUAGACGAGUCUAUCUCUCAUGAAAGAACGCCAUGGAUCACAAAUACACCUAUCUCCCAACGCACGCCCUGGGAUGCCCCCACGUCCCAAGCAGACCUUCACAGAAACAGUGACUCGACGGCUCCCUUGCAGAUAAAUCUACCCCUUACUCAGCGCGUUACGUCAAAGGGAUCACAGGAAAGCACUAUACUGCCGGCCAACACCAAGAGCCCAACAGCAUUUCACCCGCCCCAAGAUACAAAUCCACCUAGCAACAACCCAGGAUCAUUUCCCUCGCCUCGAGAUACACAUCCACCUAGCAACAGUCGAGGAGCAUUCCACUCGCCCCAAAAUACAAGUCCACCCCGCGACGACCCGGAAGCUAUGUCAGAGCCCAUGGAACUCGAUUCUAUUCCUCCUGGAUCUCCUCCAUCUUCCGAACCUGUUCAAACCCCUCUCCCUCCUCCCGCUUCUCCUCCCGCUGUCUUACCCAUCCGACCCAUUCCGCCUGUCGCACUUGCCCCAGAGCCUGAAGCAGUAGUUCUCCAGAUUACGGAGCGGCCUUUACCGCCUGUUGAAGGGUUUGACUUGAACGAGCUCUUCAUGACACACUUCGGGAUCACUUUCAAAUCUCUGGCGGCUGUCAAUAUGGCGAGUGGUAGCCAGAGCUUCUAUCUUAUGUUUCCAGAGGGGAACGAAACCACCCAGCAGGAAUACCAGAUCCUCAAGGCGUUUCUCGACAAUAAUAAUGCAGUGGUAUUCUCCAAUCACCUACCGGAAGACUGGAAGAAGUUUGCCGUGUCCAAGGCCGGCGUCAUUGUGUUCCAUAAGAGUUUCGUCGACUACUACACACUGCCAUCUUUCAGAGAGAUCCUCUCAGGUAAAUUUACCCUCUGGAACUUGUCACUCGCGACGCCUCUCCAGUACGUGCGACACAGAACACAUAUCCAGCGGAUCUUCCCUCAUGGGGGCGUGAUCCUCAUGACGGAAGAUUUUAUGCUUCGCCAGCCGCGCGCGUCUCUGAUCAUCCUUGCCUGGUUUAACGAUUACGCCAACAAGAAGUUCCCGGGGAGCUGGAAGAUCAUGCUGCGCCCGGACAUCAUAAACUGGCUGUCUGAGCUACCCGAGCCCCGGGAGCCCUCAGAGCACGCAAUAUGGAUAGCCAUGUGUCACCACAUCCUCCAACUCAGCUACACCUCCAGCCAAAGGGAGCUCGACGCCGAAAUCCUCGCCGGCGACAGCGACGAAUACCACGAAAGCAAAGUCAUCUCGCCCCCCUUCCUCCCGAACUACGGCUCCCGCAGCGAAGUCGACAACCCAGACAUCCCGAAGGGUCUCUCCCAGGAACACCGCAACACGGACCACCUGGCUGAAUUCUUCGCCGGCUGGGCCCUCGUCAAUUCGCACGUCUUCCGUCACUUCCACGUUGUCACGCAGUUGCCCCCUCCCGAGCGCUGGAGCGCCUGGCAGCACGUAGACGUCAAACACGGGCCCAAGGCCUUCAUGACCGCCUUCAAUAUCGACUUCAAGAAAUACGACUGGAUCGUCAAGGGAAAAAGCGGACCACCGCCUUCGUCGUCGACUGACCCUCGCUCCACGCAGCGCACGCCUACGACGCCGCAGACUCCCAGACCUGGCGGUAACCACGGCUGGAGAUCGCGCGAGGGAGGGGAUCAGGGAGGGGAUCGGGAUUGGGAUAGGCGACAUCCGCAGAAUCCCUCGCGGCCUCAGUAUCCGCAGGGGUACAAGUGA